GGUGCCGCACAGUUCAGUUCCCCGUGCCCCCUCUCCACCAUUCUUUUCCGGUCCUCUCUACUCAGCUCACUACAUAAUGCUAAUGCUCUAUGCUCUCUGCUUCUAUUUCUAUGUAUGAAUUCUCAUAAUUAAUACGCUAUUUUCACAUCAUCCUCAAUUGGAUGCCCACAGAAGCACGCACUCUGUGUUACACACAGCUUUGAGGCAUGGCAUUGAUGUCCCAUUCUGGUUCAUCACACUGCAUUCAUUCUGAGACUACACAGUGUAAAUCAAGAUAUAAUGGAGUUAAUAGCUUUGCUGAUAAAAUGGAGGCAGCUAAAGCUAAGGGAAUCAUCUUUGGUUUCCAUCCUGCUUCAUGGAGUUCCCUGAAGGCGACAAAAGGCUGGAGUUUAGAUGGCAGUGAAGUUGGACAGAGGCGAGGGCAUUGUGUAACUGUUGCUGCGAGUCCUCCUACUGAAGAUGCUGUUAUUGCAUCAGAGCCACUUACAAAAGAAGAACUUGUAGGUUACCUUGCGUCUGGUUGCAAGCCUAAGGAAAAAUGGAGGAUAGGAACUGAACACGAAAAAUUUGGGUUUGAAAUUGGAACACUGAAACCCAUGAAAUAUGAACAGAUAGAAGAGCUUCUCAAUGGUUUAUCUGAGAGAUUUGAUUGGGAUAAAAUAAUGGAAGGUGAAAACAUAAUAGGACUUCAACAGGGAAAACAAAGUAUAUCAUUGGAGCCUGGUGGUCAAUUUGAGCUUAGUGGUGCUCCUCUUGAAACUCUGCAUCAAACUUGUGCUGAAGUCAAUUCUCAUCUUUACCAGGUCAAAGCAGUUGCAGAGGAGAUGGGAAUUGGAUUUUUAGGGAUUGGCUUUCAGCCCAAAUGGAGACGUGAAGUCAUACCAGUAAUGCCUAAGGGAAGAUAUGAGAUUAUGAGAAAUUACAUGCCCAAAGUUGGUACACUUGGACUUGAUAUGAUGUUUCGAACAUGUACUGUCCAGGUGAAUCUGGAUUUUCAUUCUGAAACUGAUAUGAUAAGGAAGUUCCGGGCUGGUCUUGCCUUACAGCCUAUAGCUACAGCGCUGUUUGCAAAUUCACCUUUCACUGAAGGGAAACCAAAUGGUUUUCUCAGCAUGAGAAGCCAAAUUUGGACAGACACUGACAAUGACCGUGCUGGGAUGCUUCCAUUUGUCUUUGAUGACUCUUUUGGGUUUGAACAGUAUGUAGAUUAUGCUCUUGAUGUUCCAAUGUACUUUGUCUAUCGGAAUAAAAAGUAUAUUGAUUGUGCUGGGAUGUCCUUCCGGGAUUUUAUGGCUGGGAAACUUCCAUGUCUUCCGGGUGAAUAUCCCACUCUUAAUGACUGGGAGAAUCAUUUAACAACAAUAUUUCCAGAGGUAAGACUGAAAAGAUACUUGGAGAUGAGGGGUGCUGAUGGAGGACCUUGGAGGAGGCUGUGCGCACUUCCUGCUUUCUGGGUGGGUCUCUUGUAUGAUGAGGUAUCUCUACAAAAUGUUCUGGACAUGACAGCUGAUUGGACACAAGGAGAAAGACAGAUGCUAAGGAAUAAGGUGCCAAAGAGUGGCCUGAAGACGCCAUUUCGUGAUGGACUGCUGAAGCAUGUUGCCCAAGAGGUCGUAAAGUUUGCAAAGGAUGGCCUGGAAAGAAGAGGCUUUAAGGAAACCGGAUUUCUAAAUGAAGUGAUGGAAGUAGUUAAUACAGGUGUAACACCAGCCGAAAAGCUCCUUGCAUUGUACCAUGGGAAGUGGGGACAAAACAUCGAUCCUGUUUUUGAGGAGCUGCUCUACUGAGAAGCUCGUUCGACAAUCCUUCUUCAUGUCCAGCCAAUUCUUAUGUUCGUUUUGCUCCUCUGAAUCAAUCCUUAAGGUGAUCUGAGAAAUCUUGCGCAAAACUGCAAGCCUAAUUUUUGGUUCUUGUUUAUCAAACCUUAAUAUCUGCAGUAACUGCUAGAUUUUUGGCCAAUCUUUCUCAGAUAAUUAAACCUGACAAAAUUUGACGUACCUCCCUGGUACCAAGCUGCAUUCUGUAGAACAACCAGUUUUGAACUUUUUCAUAACGUUAUCGACAGUGAAAAGAGUUAACAACGUUAGCGAUACUCCAUAGCUGAACAAGAAAAUGCUCAUAAACAAGAUGCAAGUUGUUGGAUUCUUGCUGCUGUAAACUAUAAAUGCUCAAGAAAACAUAGUAUCCAGACAACCCAUGACUUUGUCACCCUCAGGAUCCAGCUAUCCUGAGUCCAUGUGGAUGUGGUAUUGUGCCAUGUGCUCCCAUUCUUCCCCUGCUGCCCUACCAUGUUAUACUCAAAGAUAUGUACAACUUCCCACCACCAUUAUUGGCAUUGGCGCUUCACCCCUAUUUUACUCAACAAUGAAACUCCGUCCUCAUCGACCAUUACCUUCUGUGCAAUUUGACGGUUUUCAAGAACAAAAUAUGAUAGUUCUUGGGACAUUUUUGCAUACUUGGUGAAAACUUAAGUUAUUUUAUCGUACUGCACCUCCACGGAUUGCUUUUGAUUAUCUUCGAUCCCAUGUUCAUGUACGAUGAAUCCUACAUUACAGCUUCGUGAAGAAGACAGAUACAACUUCAACCAUGUACUUCAUGCAAAGAAUGUCAAACCAGUUCAAACAUAUUUAUUUUUCUUGUGGAAUAUUCUUUAUUUUUAGGGCACGCAUGCCUGUUAAAGAUUUGAUACGAGGGGGACUGAUUGCACUGGAAAUGGGUAUCUAUUUAAGUCAUUUCUGACCUUUAAGUCAUACAUUAUGAUUUCGAUAAUUUUAUUUUAUAAUAUAUUUAUAUUUUCGUGCAA